UGGUUCUUCCCUUUCAAAGCAACCAAAGCUUUGUUCAUGUCGCCUGGAUGGAGUCCAAACGCCAUAGUAGUUACGGGAAAGUGAAAGGCCUUGUUCCCUUUCUGGACAAAAACUAUGAUUUGAUGUGAUGGAAUUACAAUUUACAAUUGUGCUGCUUCAAUGUUGUUUUUUUAUACCACUUGUGUACAGCUGUGAGGAAUGUAGGCCAGGGCAAUGUGUCGAUAACCAGUGCGCUUGCCCGUCGGGCUUCUGGGGAAAGAAAUGCCAGUACGGAAGGACACGGUUGGAAAAACAGACUGGCUUUAUGACUGACUUUGUCGGUCCUUAUAUUUCAAAUUCCAAAAUAUCAUGGUUCAUUGAUAGCAAGAGGAAAAAUACAACAUAUCAAUUGAUGUGGAAUCAUUUGCUACAGAAUGUUCAUGGGAUCAUGUUUAUAUUUACGAUGGGUGGACAAUUUUUGACCCUCUUGUAGCAGCUUUGAGUGGUACUAUUAAGCCAUCAAAAAGAAAAGUGAUUGCCAAAUCUGGCAAUGUCAUGGUACAUUUUUAUAGUGACAAACAUUUGAACGAAGAAGGAUUCAAUCUAACAUACAGAAUCAGUAACUGUACAAAUAAUACAUGUUCGGGGCAUGGCUACUGCAAUAUAUCUUCGAUUUGUGAGUGUGAACCCGGCUGGACUGGAGCAAACUGUUCAAUUCGGCAAUGCUGCCCCAAUGAAGUGUUUAAUAUUUCGACAACCUCCAGGAACUGCCCAAAUCUUUUAACUGGAGCUGCAUGUCCAAUGAUUGUUGCACCUAGGGCAUCCCACGCGUCGGCUAUUGACAAUGGUGUCAUUUGGGUGUAUGGAGGUUUCAAUUUCGAUGGAAGCAGUGGUGAUGUCAUCAACUAUGACAUCAUCUCUUCGAAAUGGAGCGUCCAAGAUGCAAAACCCAUUCCGAAAGGCAGAUUUGGCCACUCUUUAGUCAUUUAUAAUAAAAAACUAUACAUUUUUGGUGGAAUCAAAGAUAAGGCCAUCACUAAUGAACUAUGGGAGUUUGAUACUUUGAAGAAAACUUGGAAAAUGUUGACCGUAAGUGGAGCAACACCAGUUGGAGUGACCGGACAUGCUGCUGUUGUUGUUGUUAAUCAGAUGUAUGUCUUCAUGGGCUAUUCAUCCGAAAAAAGUUUCUACCAGAAUGUGCAGCAACUUGACUUAGAUACUUUAGAAUGGAAGAUCGUCACCACAAAUGGUGCCUUAGUGACUGGCACAUUCGGGCACAGUGCUGUUUAUGAUCAAAGUUCCGGCCUUAUCUUUGUACACGGAGGUUUUUCACUCCUGGUUGAUUCGGUAGAAACGAAGAAGAAGGUUUCAAGUGCUCUUUUCUCCUUCAGUCCAUCAAAGAAAACUUGGACGGUGUUACCAAGCUCAAACAGGCCACGGAUGCUCCAUUCAUCUGUAAUUGUUGGAAGGAUGAUGAUUGUGUAUGGAGGAACUAAUCACCACCACGAAAAUAUAAAGGAACAUGAGAAAAAAUGCUACUCAAAUGACGUUUUAGUCUAUAACAUUGAUUGCAAAUCUUGGACUAAAAUUGAUUCAAAAGACUUGUUUGAGCAAAAAGGAAGAUUUGGCCAAACUGCUGUUUCACAUGAAAGGAAAAUGUAUGUUUUUGGUGGUUUUGACGGAGUUCCGCGAAAUGACUUGAUGGCGAUAGCAAUUGGAGAGUGUUCCGGUUUUGCCACAAAAACAAGCUGCUUAGAAGCUCCAUUUGUGAGUAAUUGUGUUUGGGACAAGGCUUCACUUCGUUGCCUCAAGGCAGAAGACUCUGCAGUUUUGCCAAGCCCACAGAUUGAAGCUCCUCAGUGCAAUUCAACAGUAUUACAGUGCAAAUCUUUCAGAACGUGCAAGACAUGUCUUUCAAAUACAGCCAGUUGUGCCUGGUGUGACAACGCUUGCGGCGAUGUCAGUUGUGGCUCUGAUUCUAAGGUGAAUGCUGUUACUGACGUCAAUUUUUGCCCAGCCUCUAUCAAGUUUACCUGUGCCUCGCUGUCAACAUGCUACAGCUGCGAACAGCAUCGCAAUUGUUCCUGGGAUUAUAGGAAUUCCCGUGGCAGUUGUAAAUUUGCAGAGACGAAAACAAGCACCAAUGCCUCACUGAAAUGCAACCCAAAGAUGCCUUCAGAAUCGCAAUGCCAUUUAAUCAAAUCCUGCUCCAGUUGCACCGCUGCAAGUACCAUCGGCUGCAUGUGGUGUCAAUCACAGAACCUCUGCAUCGAUUCUGAAGCUUAUGUCGUCAAUUUCCCGUACGGCCAGUGCUUGGAGUGGAUCAACAAUUCUGGCUGCUCUGACGUUGUAUGCAGUGCCCAGAAAACGUGCCACAACUGCUUCAAACUUCCCGCAUGCGGAUGGUGCGAUGACGCAAGCGGUACUGGGAUAGGAAAAUGCAUGGAAGUUGCUGAUGUUAGUGUCUGGAAAAGCUCCAACUCUUCAACCUGCCCGGCAUCAAGAUGGUCCUACACUGAAUGCCCAAGCUGCCAAUGUAAUGGACACAGUAAAUGUCGCAAUGGCUCAACCUGCGUCAAAUGCAUGAAUAACACCACAGGAUUGAAUUGUGAAAAAUGCAAACCUAGAUACUAUGGGAUUGCUCUGAACAAUGGCACAUGCAAAGAGUGCUAUUGCAAUAACCAUGGUGUCAGUUGUGAUAACGUCAAUGGCAAAUGUGAAUGCGAUACCGCAGGCUUGGUGGGGGAUCACUGUGAACGCUGUGAUACAAAUUCGUACAUUGGUAAUGCUUCAAAUGGCGGUCAUUGCUUUUAUCGUUUGCAAUUCGGCUUCCAAUAUAAUUUCAAUCGUACAAAUAAGAAUCACAACUUUUACGCUGUCCCAACAAUUAGUGAUAAGGAAGUCAAAUUUGAAGUGCAUGUCAGAUCAGGGGACCGUGCAUACAUGAAUCUAUCAUAUACAACAGAUGGCAAAGAGGUUUUUGUCGUGAAAAAGUUUGUUCUGGGUGCAUAUGGAAAGAAAUUCUCUGCUGAAAAUUUCAAAAUAAGGAGACAUGUUGGACCAAUAUUCAAGAUAUAUCUUUACAAUAUUUCAAGGAAUACUGGAUUUAAGGUGUCAUUUGACCAGGUUAUGCCAAAUUCUCUCAACUGGCUACAUUUUCUCAUUGUGUUCCUUAUCUGCUUCUGCUCGUUGCUGAUAAUAUUGAUCGUUGUCUGGAAGCUUAAACAACAAUAUAGUAAUUACCAAUACAGUAGGCGACGCCGUGUUGAAUUGCAAGAAAUGGCGAGUAGGCCAUUCUCAAGCAUCACUCUGUGUUGUGGUGACAAGUUGAAAGGAUAUCUGAAGGCCGGGCCAACUCCGAUCGGUAUUGAACCGUUUGCGCAUGGUCAUGCAGCCGUUGCCUCGGUUCUAAUUGAAUUACCUCGUUCAGGGAGUGGCUAUACUCCAAAGGGACAGAGUGGUCUUUGUGUAGGGAGCACUGUGAUUGUUCAUCGGCAUCAGAAACUUACCCUGAGUUCGCAGCAGCAACUUUAUAUAUUUAAAGGGCGGCAAAAGAAUCGCCAACAAACUCCGGUUAAUGUUUAAUUCAUAUUUAUCUAUUUUUUGUAAUUUUUGUAUAAUUGGUAUUUAGAUUUUUACCGAGCGAGCAGAUUUUAAAUACGAAGUGCGAUUCCGUUGUAGACAUCCUGAAUUGAAAAAUGAUCCUGGUCUAGAAUGAUUCCUUUUAUGUAUAUAGUUCCUUUCACGUGACAUUAGCUCAUUAAAUCAUCAAAAAAUAAAUGGUAGAACUUACUCGAUUUUGUCUACUUUUUUUAACAACGCUUGUUACAUUUUUAGAUAAUUUCGUGAAAUGUAAAUAGUUUGCCAUUGCAUCUUGCAUUGAUCAUGAAAUAAGCUUAAUAAUCACACAAGAAUAAUCAAAUUGAUACAGUACUGGGUGCCAAAAUAAAUACGAGCACAAUAUAUCGAAUUUGGGAGCUUGCUAUUUAAAAGUUGACUUGCAAUGGUGGAUAAAUUUUACCACCUUGUCAGUUAUUAUUAAGUGAAUGAAACACGUAACAAUCUUGUAAGGCUUAUAAAUUGAAAAAAAAACAGUAAAAUGAAAAACUGUGUUAAUCGAAAUAGUGUCAAUUUUUGACUUUAUUCAAUUAUCAUUUCUUUCUUACCCUUAUUUGUCUUUCCUGUGUUGAGGAUUCUUAAUAUAAAUUUUUUUAGAGGGGAUGAUUUAAUUUUUUUGAUGGAUUAUUUCGCAAGAUUUUAAUUUUUUUAUUAUAUAUCGUUAUCCAUCCUUAUAAAUAACCUGCUCCGUGGCUAAUGAUGCCGGCAUUAUCUUGCAUUUUGCUUAUCGUUUCGAAUGUAUAUUUAAUCUUCCUCGUUGAAAACUUCUGGAAAGAAUAUUAUGCCGCAGUUAUGAAGAUUUUUGGAAUGUUUAAACAAAAUAUAUUCAGCUGCCUUCCAUCCUUACUUUUUCUGUCAAGUUACGCAAAUAAUUGUCUUGUUCAUCAAAUCCCAUUGUAACAACAGACCUUGUUGUCGGAAACGUUGUUAAAAUUUCUAGUUUACUAAGUUUAAUACCACCCUUUUGGGGUUUCGAGUUGACCCCAGGUCUUCAUAGAACAAACUGCAAGCCUAUUCUAGACAAUGGCCCUCAUGUUCACCUCCAGACAAUUUCCGAUUUCCACAUUUCUUUCAAAGCUAUUUUUAACUUUGACCAUGAUUUUGGAUAAUUGUAAUCAUCUUUCUGGUACAAUGCAAUAACAUCCGAUUUCUGGAAAUUAGUCUUAGUUGUCACGUUAGUUUUUGCUGUUGCUGUUGCUUGCGUUUGUAAGUAGAUGCCUAACAAGAAUAUUUUCAGGAUGUAAAUUUGCGGCAGUAGAAUGAAGGAUUUUCCUCGCCUGUGUUUGUAUCUUUUCACCUGACACAAAAAGACAUGUUAUCGUACUUUAUUUAUUCAUAGUCAAUAGAAAACCUUUGGGCCUUUUUGUUUGACUUUGAUUCAUUAUGGGCGUAGCCGAUGCAAAACGUACAGGGGGGGGGGGGCUCUGUAAGGAUCUUACCGAAAUAUUUUUGUCGAGAUAGAACUGCCCGAUUAGGGCCUUAAUUGCAAUAAGUUUUGCCUGAUUAGAGGGGAUUGCCAUCCUCCCGCCUUGUAACGUUGAUUUUUUUGUGUAUUAUAACUUUGACGUCAACCGAAAGCACAAAUAGAAAGAUAUUUAAUUAUCGGAAAUACAGUGUAUCUUACUGUCCGUAAUCAUGGUUUGGUUCUGUGAAGGAGAUAAAUCGUGAUCGCGUCCUGCGAGUGGAAGCCUGGUACCAAAUUCGUCCUCGCUGUUUUUCUUUUGCAUAAACGUUGUUGGAAGUACAGCAGCCUGUUAAUACUUUUAAAUUGAAGGUGCAAAAUGGCUGGAGCAGAACAUGCAGUAGAAGCAGCAGCCAAUCUUAAAGGCUGGCAAAGAUAUUUCAAUUCAGUCACAAUAGCAGGCAGACGAAAUGUCGUCUUUGCGGUUUAUGGUAGUCUUUUUGCCAUUUAUGGAAUGUACAAGCUGACAAAGAAGAGCAAGAAGUAACCCGGAUAUAUCUAAAAAAAUUCAACCUGUUAAGGUAAUUUUCAAGAAUUGCACUGUUCUGACUGAAAUGGAAUGUAAAGUUUGUGUGAAUAUGUCAACAUAAUGAUCUAUGUUCAAUCAA